ACUAAAGAAAUGAAAAUGAUAUUGAUAUUUAGGCAGAAGAUUCAGGGGAAACCUUUGCAUCCCACGGGAUACAAAGUGGUGCGGUCCCACCAUAUGCAUUUUGUGAAUGCACAAUCAUCUGCUGAAAAAAUGGUAAGUCUCUCCCAAUGAGAGACAGUCGUUUAUUAUGAUUCAACCCGCGUGCAUCUCAUGGUCCAGAAAGUUCAGACCAGUUACCUUUCAAAAAAAAUUCCAUGUGAAUACCCAAGUCCUUCCAAACUUGUUCAUGGGCGUAUGUGACACUCCAAAUUGUCCCAAACUUGUGCAUUGGGUUGUAAGAAGACCCAAGUCGUCCCAAAAUUGUGCUUUCGAGUGAUAUAUAUAUGUAUUCAUGAAAUCUACUUGAAGCAUUUCAAAAGGUGUAAGAGAAAUGGGAUUGCUUUGCUUCCUUGCUUCUCUUCUUCUGCUUGCAACAUCUUCAUUUGCAGGGCAUCAAGAAGCUGAGCAAGGACUCAACCGUUCAACUUUGCAAUUGACCUUGUAUCAUGUGUUUGGACCUGAAUCACCUCUGACCUCCCAUUCUCCACCAUCCAUCUCUGAGUUACUAUCUCGGGAUAAAGCACGAGUUAAGCAUCUCAACUCCAGACUCACUAAGAUCAAUAGAACAAGCAGUGUCGCAAAUUCCACCUCACACAACUCAGAACAUCUAUUUGGACCCUUGAACCUUGGUCUGCCUAUUGGUAUUGGUACGGGCAAUUACUAUAUCGAAGUUGGCCUUGGCACUCCACCCACCUACUACCACGUAAUUGUCGACACAGGCAGCUCCUUGUCCUGGCUGCAAUGCCAGUCUUGCCCGGGGUGCAACGAACAGGUCCGCCCCUUUUUUGAUCCCCCUUCAUCCAGCACCUUCAAAUUAGUACCGUGCACUACACCAGAGUGCAAUGCACUCAAGGAUGUCACUCCAAACGGCCCUAAUUGCAUUUCUCUUAACACGUGCUUGUACAAUGCUACCUAUGGCGACGACUCUUUCUCCAGUGGCUACUUGAUUCAGGAUUCACUGACCCUAACACAAUCAGAAACACUGACUGGUUUCGUGUGCGGGUGUGGGCAGCACAUUGAAGGGUUUAGGAGUGAGUUUGCUGGUCUUUUUGGCCUGGCUCGAAACGAGCUCUCCAUGCUCUCUCAGCUGUCUGCCAACUAUGGAAAUGCCUUCUCCUACUGCCUCCCAUCAGCGAGUGGAAGCAGUGGAGGCUCAUUAUCCAUAGGAACCGAUUCAUUGAUGGAAUACUCGUACAAGUUCACUCCAAUGAUUACAAAUUCUAGAGACAACAGCUUGUACUAUUUAAAUUUGAUCGCGAUUGUAGUGGCAGGCAGGACAAUGGCAGUGCCAACAAAGUAUAACCUAAUGGUUAUAGAUUCUGGGACGGAAGUCACGCGCGUGCCUAUGUUAUUAUAUUAUAAUUUGGUUAAUGUGGUCACUGAGAUCAUGGUUUUAUUAAACCACGAGCCUGCGGGGAAUUUUGACAUAUUUCAUAUGUGUUACCAAGGAAGUGUGAAGAAUAUGCAGUCAGAUGUGCCCGAGAUUCGGUUGGUGUUUCAAGGAGGGGCUGACCUCACUCUUGAGCCUCAAAGCCUUCUAAUCGAUGUGCCUGAGUUGGGCAUUACGUGCUUCACUUUCGCACCAAACGUGUUUGACGAUGACAUCGCUAUUAUAGGUAACAUUCACCAGCAGACAUAUAGGGUCGCUUAUGAUGUCCAUAAUUCAAGAAUUGGGUUUGCUGCUGGGGCCUGCAGCUAGUUAUUAAAAUGUUUUGGGAUUGUAAAUUCCAUGUUUGUGUACCAAGAGCAGAUCAUAUUGUAUUAUCGUCUGAGAAAGAAGAUGUUAGUAUGGAUUAUAAAAAAUAAUUACAUGUAUAUAUAUUCAAAUUGUUGAAACAUAUGAGUUUAGAUGUUAAUGAUAUGAGUUUCAAAAGAUCCA